AUGACCCGGAAUCUGGCGCGGGAGCUCGGCCCCUUCGGCAUCCGCUGCAACGCGAUCCUGCCGGGGAUCAUCGACAAUCCGCGCGGCCGGCGCCUGAUCACGCACCUCGCGAGCGAGCGAGGGCAGACGGUCGAGGAGGCGCACGAGCGCUACGUGAGCUUCAUCUCCACGCGCUCGCUGAUUUCCUGCGAGGAGGUCGCCGACGCCGCGUUCUUUCUGGCGCAGGACACGGCGCGCAACAUCACCGGGCAACUGAUCGGGGUCUGCGGCAACCUCGAAUGGGAGGAGUAG